AUGUCUUACCUGAGGAAGGUUGCUAUUGUCGGGGCCACCGGUACCAUUGGAAGAUCCAUUGUUCGAGAGAUACUCAAGGCUCAAAAGCAUGAAAUUACGGCUAUCACACGAACAGUCAGCAAAGCCGUGAUGCCAGACGGUGUCAAAGUUGCAAAAGUCGACUAUGACAAUCAAUCUACCCUAGUCUCUGCACUCCGAGGACAGGAUGCUCUCAUUAUUACUAUGGCCGCUUUUGCACCUGAGGAUACUCAACUCAAAUUAGUCGAAGCAGCAGCCGAAGCUGGAGUUCCAUAUGUCAUUCCCAACGGAUGGGGUUUGGAUCCAACUCAUCCAUUGUCAGACGACGUUUUCAUCGGACCCGCUUGGCGUGCUAUCUUCAAGCGUAUAGAAGAGCUUGGUAAAAGCAGCUGGAUUAACUUCGUGUCGGGAUUCUGGUACGAGUUCAGCCUGGGUGGUGGCGUUAACAGAUGCGGAUUCGACCUCAAUAACCGCUCUGUGGUCUUUUUCGAUGAUGGUACCGCUCGCAUUAACACCUCAACCUGGGACCAGACAGGAAGAGCUGUUGCAAAUUUCCUUUCUCUAAAGGAAAAACCCGACAAUGGAGAGGAUGAGCGUCAGACCAUCUACGGCUUCAAGAAUAAGAACGUUUACUUCUCCUCUUUCCACGUGAGCCAGAAGGAUAUGUUCCAAUCCAUCCUGCGGGUAACCGGAACUAAAGAGGAGGAUUGGAAUAUCACAUACGAGCCGUCGGAGAAGCGAUAUAAGGGUGCGGUUGAAUUGAUUAACCAGGGGGAUCACGCGGCUUUUGUCAGGGCUAUGUAUACGCGAGCAUUUUACCCAGAGGGCUCAAGUAACGGCUCUGGUGCAUUUGAAUCUAUGCAUAGUCUUCAAAAUGGUUUGCUGGGUUUACCCAAAGAGGACUUUGACGAGCGGACUAGGGAUGCUAUUGAAAAUGCCGAAGCGUUCAGACAGGGAUACUCGUAG